AUGUAUAAUCCUCCAGUAAGACAACACUUUCAACAGCCACCAACUCAACAACCACCACAGCCACAACAACCACCACAGAUGAUAAAGAGUUUAUAUCAAUCACAGCCUAUAAAUGAACCACCUCCACCUUAUUAUCCAAGUCCACCAACAUAUCAAGAUAGUACAUCUAAACCUAAACCAUUACCACAGAUACCAUUAGGACCACCUGGCACAUCUAAUAUCAAUGGAAAUGGAUAUCAUCCGACGAUGGUUGGUGGUGGCGGCGGCGGUGGUGCAGUGGCGAGUAUAGGUGCCAAUACAUCGAGUGCAUCACUACAGGCACAGAUCGUAACAAAAGAAGUGAAGCUUUGUAAUAAUAAUAAAGAUAGAGAGAUGUACGAUAAUCUAGCGGAACUAUAUUCAAUCAUCAAGGUGACUGAACACCUCGAGAAAGCAUACAUCAGAGACAGCGUACUCCCAAAAGACUACACCACUGCAUGUUCAAAACUCAUCGCUCAAUUCAAAUCCUCUCAAACUCUAGUCAAAGAUCUUACUCCCAACGUUUCGAAUUUCAUGAGAGAAUACAAUCUCGAUUGUAAAGCUGCAUAUGAUAGAUUAGUUAAUAAAGGAUAUCCUUCAACUUUAGAACAUAGUGUAAAUACAGAUUCCAACGAUUCAAUGACUGCAAAGAAUGUAGCAGAGACAGUACAACAUUUUAUUACUACAAUGGAUUCCGUUCGAUUAAAGUUUGUUGCAGUUGAUAAUAUUCAUCCAUUGCUAAGCGAUCUCUUGGAGAGUCUCAAUAGAAAUACAUGGCUAUCGAAUUUCGAUGGCAAGGAAAAGAUUAUGAAUUGGAUGACCACUCUCAACAAGAUGAAGGCAAGCGAAGAGUUGGACGAAGAUCAAACCAGACAAUUGUUAUUCGAUCUCGAUAGUUCAUAUAAUGCAUUCUAUAAAGCAAUUAAACAUUAA